GGGAGAGAGGGAGAGAGAGGGAGAGAGCAGAGGAGACAGGAGCACAGGGAAGGAGGAGGAGGGCGAGACGAGAGAGUCAACGAGGGAAGAGGACAGAAGGAAGCAUCGCAGGUUCCUCUCGGCACCAGCAGACAUGCCUAACUUUGCCGGCACCUGGAAGAUGAAGAAGAGCGAGAAUUUUGAUGAACUUCUCAAAGCCUUGGGAGUGAACACCAUGCUGAGGAAGGUGGCCGUGGCGGCGGCCUCCAACCCCCACGUGGAGAUCCGGCAGGACGGGGACAAGUUCUACAUCAAAACCUCCACCACUGUGCGCACCACCGAGAUCAACUUCAACAUCGGCGAAGAAUACGACGAGGAGACCGUGGACGGGCGAAAGUGCAAGAGCCUCACCACCUGGGUCUCGGAGAACAAGAUGUCCUGCAGUCAGACUCUGGUGGACGGCGACGGCCCCAAAACCCACUGGACCCGAGAGCUCCACGGCGACGAGCUCAUCCUGACUUUCGGGGCGGACGACGUGGUGUGCACACGGAUCUACGCCCGGCAGUGAAGCCCCUACAACCCUCAUCGGGACCGAAGCUCCACAGCUGGACCGCGACCCCGGAAGAACUCUGUCACGCUGACGCACCUGCAAAGUAUUUCCCGUGAAGUCUCUCGCCGCCAGCCUCCGCCGACCAGAGCAGCGUCUGUGUAAUCUGGUUAUUCGUAGUGAGUGUUGUGUCAGUAGCUCGAUAUCUCAGCGUCAUCAGUUGCAUUGAUUAAGUAUUCACGACAGGAAGACAAUAAAAACAUGGAACACACAGAA